AUGAAGCACAAGCACUGCAAGCCAUCGAUUCGAGUGUUUGUGUACGUGAUGGGUGGUGUAAUUACAGGUGUACCGUGCUGGUCACGGUCGGUUGAAAUUCAUUUGGCAGCUAGUAAUAGAAAAGCGGAGCGUUUUACCUGGUCGUUACGACGCGUCGCGACAUCCCAGUUGCGGGAAAGAGUAGAAAUUCCGUUAUGCGACCAAGCUACCAGGAAUUCCGUAGUUAUACGUGUCGUUCGUCGUUCCAAUGCCCUCUCGUUGUCGUGGACUAUAAAGUGGACUAUACGGCUUGCACCCGACGAAAGCUCUUUUGUCAUCGUGCCUCCCCCAAUUACGGGGUUUCUUAUUAUUAAAGGUUACAGGUUAUUUCCACCAGACCCUCAAAUCGUCGGAGGAACCGAGGCCGAGAUAAGUCAACAUCCUUACCAGCUCAGUUUACAAACUACCGGCCACAUUUGUGGUGCUUCAGUGCUCAGUUCUCAAUGGGUCAUCACUGCGGCUCAUUGUGUGACUGUUAAUUUUUAUUCAAAAAUACUACAAAUCAUUGACAUUUUGAUUUGUUUCAUCAAUUACAGAUCAUCAUCUGCUAACCGAUACAGCCUACGAGCAGGUAGCAACUAUAAAAAUCAAGGCACUCGCUACACCGUAAAAAGGGUCAUUGUACAUCCUAAAUAUAAUUCUAAAACUAUUGACUACGAUGUGGCUGUUUUAGAGAUUAAUGGUAGCAUACAAUUGAAUUCAAAUGUCCAACCUGUAAAACUCGCCACCUCAGAACCAAAUGCUGGAACGAUGGUGACCGUAACUGGCUGGGGCGCAAUUAAGCAAGGUGGAUCGACUUCGACACAUUUGAUGAAAGUAUCGAUUCCCAUAGUAAGCAGAUCUCAAUGCCAAGCUGCUUACAAGAAUUACAAUACAAUCACCGAUAGGAUGGUAUGCGCCGGUUAUACCGAAGGUGGAAAGGAUUCUUGUCAAGGUGAUUCUGGUGGUCCUAUGGUGGCUAGAGGAACCCUCUACGGUAUCGUGUCAUGGGGCUAUGGAUGUGCUCAGCCAAAAUAUCCUGGCGUUUAUACGAACGUGGCUAAUCUUGUAUCUUGGAUUAAGAGUAACACUGGUAUAUAAA